GCCACAGGCGAGGGGACAGCGCGGGGACAGCGGACAGCCACCACCUGCCUGACAGACAGACAGACACACAGACAUAGACCGACCGACACACACACACAAACCGACCGACCGGGUUGCCUGCCACCCCCUUAUCCCCCGACUGACCGGCUGCUGGGUUACCUGCCACCCACCGGCCCACUGACCGACCGACCGACCGGCCGCCUCCCCGGGAGCCAUGAAAGCCGCCCGGAUCGCCCUGCGCACCGCCGCCCCCCUGACAAGGGUCAACGGCGGCAGCAGCCGCGGCCAGUGCCAGCUGCCGCGGGAAGUGGAGCAGUUUUCCCGCUUCUCUCCCUCCCCGCUCUCCAUCAAACAGUUGUUGGACUUCGGCUCCACUAAUGGAUGUGAGAGAACUUCUUUUGCAUUUUUGCGACAAGAACUUCCUGUGAGGUUUGCUAACAUACUGAGAGAAAUCGAUCUCCUUCCUGAUAAAUUACUAAGCACUCCAUCUGUACAAUUAGUAAAAGGCUGGUACAUCCAAAGCCUAAUGGAGCUGGUUGAGUUCCAUCGGAAAAACCCAGAUGACCAAAAAGUCUUAUCUGAAUUUAUAGAUACGUUAGUUAGAGUCCGAAACAGACAUCAUGAUGUGGUUCCUACAAUGGCACAAGGAGUAAUUGAAUACAAAGACGUUUUCAAAGUAGAUCCUGUCACCAAUCACAACAUUCAGUAUUUUUUGGAUCGUUUUUACAUGAGCCGUAUUUCCACCCGGAUGCUUAUGAACCAACACACCCUUCUUUUUGAUGAGAAAUCACGCUCAGGGAACCCAAGGCACAUUGGAAGUAUUGAUCCUUGCUGUGAUGUUGCUGAGGUAGUGAAUGAUGCUUUUGAAAGUUCCAAGAUGUUGUGUGACCAGUAUUACUUGACAUCUCCAGAACUGAAACUUACUCAAGUGAAUGGAAAACAUCCAGGAGAGCCAAUUAAUGUGUAUGUUCCAUCUCAUCUUUUUCACAUGCUUUUUGAGCUCUUUAAGAACUCGAUGAGGGCAACCGUUGAAUUCCAAGAAAACAGUCCUUCCCUUUCUCCAAUUGAAGUGACAGUUGUUCUAGGAAAAAGAAGACCUGGCCAAUUAAGGUAUUUUAUCUCAGACAGAGGAGGUGGUGUUCCAGUAAGGAUUGAGCAUCUUUUUAGCUACAUGUAUUCCACAGCACCACGGCCAAGGAUGGAUGAUGGUCGAAAUGCCCCUCUUGCUGGCUUUGGGUAUGGCUUGCCAAUUUCUCGGCUAUAUGCCAAAUACUUUCAAGGAGAUCUAAAUCUCUAUUCCAUCUGUGGUUAUGGAACAGAUGCUAUUAUUCUACUUGAAGGCCCUAUCAACGGAUUCAAUAAGAAAAACUCCCAGUUUUUUAACAAGUCGGCUUCCAAGCAUUACCAAGCUGCCUCAGAGGCAGAUGACUGGUGUGUCCCAAGUAAAGACCCAAAGGACUUAUCAAAGCAGAGUGCAGCUGUCUGAAGCUGGUGUGCAGGCACCCAGGGAUCAAGCUGGUUUUCUCACAAAAGACUAAUUUGGAGGUAUUCACCUACCUCCAAACAAGCAACCUCUUCAGUUGCAGGACUAGCAGAAGAGAAAGAAGAAAAGGAUGUUACAGCCUGGGCUGUAUGCACUGAAUGUGAAAUCUUGCUGGGGACUUCAGGAUAAGGAAAAGAGAAGUGUAUAUGACUUUUAAAGAUGUUCUAUAGAGGGAAAUCAGACUGUUUUUUUCUUAUGAUCAAAGACUUGAUGUGGCAGACGUGUGCAAUUUUGAGUCCUGUUUAAUGCUUGAAUUCUGAGUACUGAUAAAUGUCAGUUAUGCUGGUGUAUAUUUUUUCUCCUAGAAUAGUUUCACAGAUUCAUCUUAUUACAGAACUUCUCAGGUAGGUAGAUAAACUUGUACUUUGAAGCUUGUAUUUAUAUCAUUUGGAAAGAUCCAUGUAAAUAGCAGUCUUGUAUACAUAAUAGCAGGCAAAUACAGCCUGACAGGGAGGGAGGGAGCCCUAGGAGGUAGGGAGAAAGUGUUCUCUAUAUUUAAGGGAAAUCCCAUUUUAAAAAAAGCAACACCUGAAUUCCAGUAAUAAUUCUGAUGCUGCUUUGCACUCUGAGUUAGAUUGCUAGAUUUUUUUAAUAUUAAGCUGUUCAUGGAAAAACUAGCCAAGUAAGGCUCCUGUGCAUAAGGUCACUAAGAGGGAAAUCAGGAUAUUUUUGAAAGCUACUGAAAGAAACAUGAAGCUGCUUGGUGACAGCAGCUGUUCAGGUUAGACUACUACUAGCCUACAUCCCUGGCACUCCAGAAAGCAUGUUCUAAGUAAGUAGGAUAAGAUUUUCCCAAGAAUGAAGUCAGAAAUGCAAGCUGAAUGGAAAGAGUUUGGUGAUCUGUAUCAUGUAGACAUGAUGUGGGAAACAGCAGCCUGUUUAAACCAUGAUCUUGCUCCUUUUUGUCAUGCUGUUAGGAGAUGAGUGGUCAGUAACCUAAACAAAAAACUGCUAUUACCUUUGACAGUUUGUACUGGGCCACAGUAGCUUAAAGAGGUAUAGAGGUAUAUGGACAUUCUGUACCCUAAAACUGUGAUGGCAUUGUAGGUGAUUUGGAAGGUUUUCAGGAAGAGUGGUGUUGGAACUAGAAUUUUAUUUAAGAACUUUUUAUUGCAAUGAAAAGGCCUAGAAAUGAGAAGUUUCAAAUAUGAACAGGACUGAAAGCUAUAAAAUAGCUUUAUGAACAGCAGAAUAAUGGGCAAUUUCUCAAGAACAGUGCCAGUGGGAAAACUUUCCAUUUUCAAUAAGCUCCUUCCUUUCUGUCUUCUUGUGCAUUUUCCCCCUUGCAAGCAAGGUAAAUUAAUAUGAAAUAGCAGUCAAACUGUGGAAUGUUGCCCAACUGUCCAGUCAGACUUAAUCAGGGCUAUAUAUUAUGACCUGGAUUUUCUUCUUAAUAAUACAUUACCUUAAGUUCCUGUGAUCUUUUGCAGAAGUUGCAAGUACAGUAUUUAAAGCAUCCUCCUCAGUCAUAUGGCAGUUUUCUACAAUGAUUUGUAUUUAUUGGAUGGAAAGCCACUCCUUACUCUACUGUGAAUAUCAAGCUUUUUUUUUUUUUAAUAGGAAUAAGAGAAAGCUGGAACUACUUUUGUGUUCUAGGAGUCCUGUUGGGACAAAUUUCUCAAUCAAAAAUAAAAUAGUAUUCUGAUACACUUAAUUUCUUUAAAAAAAAUUAAGUAUUGUGAUAACUACUUGAACAUAGUGACUUCAGUACUGCAUCAAGGCUGGUUUUAUCCCUGUGAAUAAGCUGCACUCAUGUAUCUGAGCUCAGCUCAGUGAAUGAAAGAGGUAAUGAAAAUGAAAUAUAUUGUCUAGAAUCAUACAGGUGUGAAAAAGCUGCAAUCACUGCCUUAAUAUACUUGAAUAUUGUUGAUUUUGUAUUGAAAACAAGUUCACAAAAACAUACUCAAUUAGUCAUUGUUGUCAAGUAAACACAAACUACACCCUCUGUCUGCACCUGGUAAUGCUUAAAACGUUAUGUUAUGAUCUCAUGAAACACUGUACAUCUGUAACAGAGCUGAAGGAGCUGCAACUUCUAUCUCAAAAGCAGCUGAAGCAGAUGGAGUGCCUGUAAACAUCUCUGUAGUUCUGCUCACAGGGAGAAGCUGCAGAACGCAUUCAUGAUUGCCAGGCAGAGGUGUUGCAUAGCACUUAGGGAACCCACAUGGAGUAUCUGUAAUAUUAAAAUUGCUGAAGGGCUGUCUACCUAGAUAUACGGUACCUUUUGUCAGCAUUUAAUGAAAUUUUUAUUUCUGAAAGGUAGAACCAAAGUUUUAAGCCUUUUACUUGGAUGUAGAUGUUCAAAUAAUUUUAUAAUAAAAUUCUUUCUAAAUGGUU